AUGAGUGACCCGCGAACUCAUUUUGAUCCUGCCGCUAUGGUGGGUCUGUCAGAGGCCUCCCACCGUGCCGAUGAUCCUCAAUUCGACAUAUUUGAAUGGUAUCCGCGUUACCAAAACUGCCAGCGCUAUUUCCUCGAUCACGCCCAACAUAGUAUUCCCAUUCAGGCGCUGUCGUCCUUCCUCAAUAUUUACCUUCCUUUUCAGAGACAACCGAAUCCAAUCUUCAAUUCCCCUUCGAACGUUCCUCAUACUAGCUCGCAAUCCAACCUAUCGCCAAACCAGCCGCGAUCAUGUCCCGCUGUCUCCCUUGUCCCUUAUAUUCGACGGCUGGUAGCGACAGGUAUGGAUUUCCCAGGUGUCCUGCAUGGCUUUUUUGGUGAUGAUUGGGUUGCCGGUGUUGGCCAUCUCCAUGAACAGGAGCGGCGCAACUACUUCUUCGCCGCGAAAAGCGGCGGGUGGGCAUCUGUCAAACAAAAUUAUGAUAUGCAGCCUUUGGAGACAAUCCCGUUUUUACGACCUUUGCAGGGAUCAGCGGACGCGGAGAUCGAGGCUGCAGAGAAACGCUGGAGCGAGUGGCUUGCGAUGGAGGACUGGAUGGUAGGGCCUCGAGCCCCGGAGGGCCUGAAUGGCUCUUCAAAUCACUCUCGCGAAAGAAGUGCGAGAAGCGCGAGAUCUUGA